AUGGAUCCGGCGUCGGUCGCUCCUCGGUCUGAUGCCACCGAGUCGGACCAUCUACCGGCCAUCGCUACAGCUCACCUGGCCCGCUUCGAGUUUAGUGAUGAAGGAACAAAAAUACUCAUGGUGGAGUGGCAGCCUGAAGCAGAAGCUACAGAAGUCGCAGAGGUUGCGAAGUCCGACUCCACUGAUGUUGCAGACGACGCUGCCGCCGCGCCGCAUCCCGACUCCGGUGCCGUAAACUCUAAAUCGGAGCAGCCUCGCGAGGCCCCGAUUCCCGACGCUGAUGCCGGUUGGGAAGUUUCUUGGCCGGGGAAAUCUACUCUGCUGCCCGCGCGAGACGCAGAUCAAGACGGCAGCAAUCGUCGAGUGUACUUUCUCCUACCCGAGGAUGUUCCCGUGCCGCCAACCGUCACCAUUACUCGUCGCGGCCGCUCCAGCCUGAUAGUGAAGCCACUGCCUGCUAUAUUCCCACCAGGCUUUGAUGCGGAACCUGGCUCGCGCGGUGUGCUUCACACUCUAUGGGCAAAGAAGCGUCUGCGAGAACUCGAUCGUGAAAUGGACGCCGAGAUGAGGAACAACGCCGAGAGCAUCGGUCUUCAGAUGGCCUACUCCGAAAAGCAAUGGAUUAUCGAAACCUUUCUGAAGCCUCCAGCCCCCAAAAUCACGCUGCCGCUUUCGCCCAUAUCUCCCAUAUCUCCCAUAUCCCCAAUUUCUAGCCGACUCGGUGAGAAACUCAAAGGAUUGCGCUUGGCCACGUCACCAGACGACCUGCUACCUAGUCCAACCGCCAAUACGUUUACGGGAUCGAAUCCUCCCUCGCUCACAUUGUCACCCGACAGAAAUGACAUUGCCAUUCCCUCCUUUGCGACCAUGUCACUCAACGCCGCUGCCCGGAGCGGCAUGGACCCCGUUCAGAGCCAUCAGACAGAUACAGAAGACGACCUGUUUGCCUUGCCCAUCAGCCCACGCAGUCCAGACAUGAAGAGAGGUCAAUUCGGUGUGUUUUAG